AUGGAACAAGUCGAUUUCAAUCGCCUCAAGACUGGAGAGGUGAACCUUGGUACCUCUAUUAUGGCCGUCCAGUUCGAUGGAGGAGUCGUCAUCGGCGCUGACAGUCGAACUACGACCGGCAGCUACAUCGCAAAUCGCGUUACGGACAAGCUCACUCACGUCCAUGAUCGCAUCUACUGUUGUCGUUCGGGUUCAGCAGCUGAUACCCAGGCUGUUGCGGACAUCGUCCACUAUUACAUGCAAAUGUUCAGCCAAAGCGCUGGGAAGCCCCCAACAGUGCACACCGCGGCUGCGAUGUUCCAGAAGAUGUGCUACGAAAACAAGGACGCCCUCAGUGCUGGCAUCAUUGUUGCUGGCUGGGAUGAAUCCGCAGGACCUAGCGUGUAUAACAUCCCUCUGGGAGGAGGGCUCUUCCGCCAACCAUGGGCGAUCGGAGGUUCUGGUUCGACAUACGUAUAUGGUUACUGUGAUGCGACCUAUCAGGAAGGUUGGGGACGCGAUGAAACAAUCAACUUUGUCAAGAACACCCUGGCUCUCGCCAUGUCUCGCGAUGGAUCAUCUGGAGGUGUCAUCCGCAUGUGUGUUAUCACGAAGGACACUGUUGAGAGGCUCUUCGUUCCCGGAGACAAACUGCCGAGGUUCUGGGAAGGGCAGGAAGUGCUCGGUGACGCGAGCAAGAAAGUUGUCGACACCGCGGUGCCAAUGGAAGCAUAA